AUGGGUCUUCUCGAUCUCCCCAACGAACUGCUGUUGGAUAUCCCCCAAUAUCUGGAAUAUGGCUGGGAUCUGACGGCCUUUGGCCUAGUCAAUCGCCGACUCCACAACAUCAUCAACACAUAUCUCUACCGAACAUUUCUUCCUGUUCGGAGUGACGAAGCAUUGUACUGGGCGGUCGAAAACGCCAAUGAGAGUGCACUUGCCUGCCUCCUUGAGGCGGGAGUUCUAGAGAAUGUGCACGAAUACACUGCCCAUGAAGUGCUGAGGAGCGCAAUCAGUAACGGACACGAUCAGAUACUUGAACGCCUCAUUGGAAAGGGCGUCACUUCUAUCCACCCCGAGGAAGAAGAACCUGUCAGUGGUAUUGAAGCUUGGCACCGCUUCUAUGAUACUCCACUUUUGAGUGCUGUGAACGCGGGACACGUCACAGUUGUCCGAACCCUACUUAUGCAUGGGAUCGACGAUCCAAAUUCUGGAAUAAAUGUGGGUCUGCUAUCGUAUGCUGCCAGUUGUGGCAAUCUGGCCGUGAUGAAAUAUCUCAUGGACGAGGUUGGGUUCGAGCCGAAUGAACCCAGUUACGACGGCGGUACAGCAUUGGAAUAUGCUGUCCGCUCAGGCCAGACGCAAGCUGCUGAACUCUUGCUCGAAAGAGGCGCAGAUCCAAACCUACACUCCGGGGAUAACGGCUCGCCCCUUAUGACUGCAGCACAGCAUUGUCAUCUCGAAACUGUUCGCUUGUUGCUCGCGCAUGGCAGUAUCGUGAAUCCCACUCCGACUCAAAUGAAGCCUCCAAUUUCCUCGGCAUUCACAAAGGAGCCUGGAGACAAAGCAGCCAUCAUAAGGCUCAUAGCCGACUGUAUGAAUCUCGAUCUACUUCGAAUAGGACACGAGAAUCGGGAACUACUUCUGAAUAUUGCGUCCGUAUUAGGCAAAGCUGAGCUCGUUCAAGAGCUGUUACAACAGAGCGGCUAUCCGGAAGAUAUAUGGUCUGGAGAAGAACACCAGUAUGAUCUAGUCCCUCUGGGACCGCUGGAAUGGGCUGUUGAGGCAGCGCAGGUCUCGGUGGUAUCUAUGAUACUAGAAUUCGGGGUCAAUGGGGGUGGCCGAAAACCUUUGACCAUUGCUAUCCAGAAGGGACACGCACAGAUUGCUAAAGUUCUACUCGAGAGAAACUCAGGGGAGUACCGAAGAACAUCCUGGUUUAACGGCCUUCUGCUCUCCGCAUUUGAUGAGAUAACCUGCUUCGAGCUCCUUUUGGAAUACGGCGCCGAUCCUACUGAUGUUGUGGAUGGAGAGAUCUCUCUAGUCGAAUAUGUUCUCAUGUGUGGAAAUCUAUCGCUAGCUCAAGCGUUGGUUCGCCACGGGUAUCCUCUUGAAUUCCUCUUCCCGACUUACUGGAUUAGAGGAGCGUCUUUCUUGUCAUAUGCGUGUCGAGGGGGUAAGAAGAUGCGCGAAUAUAUCUUCCAGAAUGGCUUUGAUCUCGAUAACAUCAAAAACGACGAAAUACAACUGGUAACGCGUGAAGCAAUUCAAAGAGAAGACGGGGCUGUUGCCAGUUUCUUUCUGAAUAGAGGAUACACAAUUCCCCGCGAUCAUUAUCUUCCGGAUUGCAUCCACCUCGCCGCUGGCCUAAGAAACUGGGACAACCCCACUGAGACAUUACUCGAUGUGCUGCUAAGAAGUGGCGUAGACAUCAACGCUCGGGAUGAAGACCAGCAGACCUGCAUCUGGUAUGCGGUCACUAAUCUCGGCCAUACUCAGCUAAAACUCCUUCUCGAAAGGGGCGCCGAUCCCCUGCUUCUGGACUCAAAUGGACACAGCCCUCUCUUACAUGCUGCCACACAAUACUCCGGCGCCAGGUGCUGUGUGGAAUACAUUCAAAUCAUAUUUGAAUGGAUUGAUCUCCACUGGGCCGAGCUAUCGCGAGAGGAGAUACACCAGGAGCUUUCAGAGGCAGAAGCUGAAGCAGCGAAGCGUACUAAUUCGAAGAUUGCCCGAAUCUUGCAGCGUUAUCGACGCAUCCGGUUUGACUCUGUGUGA